AGAACAGAAGGCAAAGUGAAAGCUGCGCUGUGAUUGGUGUUGCUAGGGGCAACAAAAGUUUCUUCAGUUUUAAAAAUCCUGCCCUACUGGCAGUUAUGACAGGACCACAAGUUAACACCUUCCUUCCCUGGGCCAUACAUAUACGGCGCCCUGUACAUGGUUAGAGUACGGAAAAAAGUGGAUUCUACUAAUAAAAUACCCCCCAACACCCCAGCCUAGUAAAUGGACCCUUCUAGAACAGCCCAUCAUCCUCCUCGCUGUCAUCUACUACACGUGACGCCCGGCCUGGACCUCUGAUUGGCUGACUGUUGGCGCCGUCUUGGGGAGUCUAUAUAAGGCAGCGCCGCCGCGGCCCCCGUUCUUUAGACGCUUCUGUGAGGAGGAGGAAGUCACAAGGACUAAUCUAACUUUUCUGCCUCAACAUGGCUGAUGAAGAUUGGGAGAAUGAGCUUGAUAAUGGGACUGCUUGUGUUCCGAAUUUCAGUACCUCGGAGCCAAGUUUUGAAGAAAAUUCUAAAAAUUCCUUCUCAUCAAACCGCGACUUCAAUGAAAACUUUCGCUCUGCUGACAAAGGAUUUGGAAAUCAAAAAGGUGAUGACUUAAAUCAGAGCUAUGAAUCUUCUGGAAGAAGUUUUGGUGGGCAAAGAGGUGAUAGGAAUGAGCGGGGCAGUUUCAGCAGGGGGGAUAGGAAUGAGCGGGGCGGUUUCAGCAGGGGUCGCCCAGAUCGAGGAAGAGGAGGCAGCAAUAGCUCGUUUAAUAGAGGAUUUGAUUCGUUUGAGACUAAGGAACACACAGGAUUUUCAAACAAGGAAGGAUUUAACGAUGAAAAUUUUAGGUCGGGAGGAAGAGGCGGUAGGGGAGGUUCUUUCAAUUCUGGUGGCGGCUUUGGGAGAAGAGGUGACAGUGGUGAAUCAGAUAACAGGAAGGAGUUUGGAAGAACAGGUGGAGGUUUCGGAAGAAGAGGAGGCGGCAAUGAUUCAGAUGGCAAAAGGGAUUUUGGAAGAACAGGGGACAGCGGUGGUUUUGGAAACUUUGGGACAAGGGGUAGCAACCAGGAGUCUGAUGGCCAGUGGGAGUUUGGAAGAGGAGGUGACAGCGGUGGUUUUGGAAACUUUGGGAGAAAGGGUAACAAUGAGGAGUCUGAUGGACAGAGGGAGUUCGGAAAAGGAGGUGACAGCGGUGGUUUCGGAAACUUUGGGAGAAAGGGUAACAAUGAGGAAUCUGAUGGACAAAGGGAUUUCAGAAGAGGAGGUGGCAACAGUGGUUUUGAGAACAGAAGAGGCGUUGGCCAAAGAGGUGGCUACAAAGGGAGAAAUGAGGAUGUUGGGUUUGAAUCUGGAAAAGGUCAGGAUGACCUUGCAAAAGCAGAUACCGGACCUAAAGUGACUUAUAUUCCCCCUCCCCCAUCGGAUAAUGAAGAUGAUAUCUUUAGACAUUACCAGACGGGUAUUAACUUUGAUAAAUAUGAUGAAAUCCUUGUUGAUGUAUCCGGAGUCAAUGCGCCACCUGCAAUACUGUCAUUUGAAGACGCGGCGCUCAGCGACACACUAAACAAAAAUAUCUACAAGGCGGGUUAUGUGAAGUUGACCCCGAUACAGAAGCACAGUAUACCUAUUGUUAUGGCGGGUCGUGACUUAAUGGCGUGUGCCCAGACUGGAUCUGGAAAAACUGCUGCUUUUCUUUUGCCUAUUCUGGAUCAUAUGAUGAAAAAUGGAGUUGCCUCAAGUCAGUUUAACGAUAUUCAGGAGCCAGAAGCAAUAAUUGUAGCACCUACUAGAGAGCUGAUCAAUCAGAUUUACCUUGAUGCUCGAAAAUUUGCAUACGGAACUAUUGUUCGUCCAGUUGUGAUCUAUGGAGGAACACAGACAUCUCAUUCAUUACGCCAGAUAUUUCAAGGCUGCAACAUUCUUUGUGCAACACCUGGAAGAUUGUUAGAUGUUAUUGGGAAGGAGAAGAUCGGUUUGAGCAAAGUGAAAUUUGUUGUACUGGAUGAAGCUGAUCGUAUGCUUGACAUGGGCUUUUUGGGAGAUAUAAAAAAAUUGUUCCAAAGUCCUGGAAUGCCAGCUAAAGAACAGAGGCAAACCUUAAUGUUUAGUGCGACAUUUCCUGAAGACAUACAAAGACUUGCUAGAGAUAAUUUGAAACCAGAUUAUCUGUUUGUGGUGGUUGGACAAGUUGGCGGCGCGUGCAGUGAUGUUGAACAGCAGAUCAUUGAAGUUAAUCGUCAAGAAAAGAGGGGAAAAUUGGUUGAAAUCCUGCAAAACAUAGGUCAUGAGCGCACAAUGGUUUUUGUGAAUACUAAAAAGUGUGCAGAUUUCAUUGCUACAUUUCUUUGUCAAGAACAUAUACCUUCAACAAGUAUUCACGGGGACCGAGAACAGAGAGAGAGGGAGAAGGCACUGGGCGAUUUCCGUACUGGACAAUGUCCUGUAAUUGUUGCCACAUCUGUUGCUGCCAGAGGUCUAGAUAUCGAGAACGUUCUUCAUGUGAUAAAUUUUGACAUCCCGGGAGAUGUUGACGAGUAUGUUCACAGAAUUGGACGUACAGGACGUUGUGGCAACACUGGAAAAGCAAUUUCCUUUUUUGACAGGACACAGGAUGAUGACCAGAAAAUUGCCCGAGGGCUUGUAAAAGUUUUAGCCGAUGCACACCAGGAGGUACCUGCUUGGCUUGAAGAGGUUGCAUUCAGUGCCCAUGGCACUUCAAGCUAUGGUUCACAUCCAAGCAACUUUGCUUCAGUGGAUAGCAGAAAGAGAGCCAACUUUCAAGUGGACGGUACCAGAAAUGCAGGCUUCUCACAACCUGCUGCUCAGGCUGAAGAUGAGGACUGGGGCUAGUGAAAUGUUCACGCACAUGAGAUCACAUUUGGUUUUUCAGAAACAUUCUGUUGUAUGUUUGUAAAAAGAAAAAAAAAAUAUGAAAAUUUUGGUUACUUGGCUAAAAGUAUAUAACAUUUGUUUAAAAAAAAAAAUUAUAUAAUUUCUUAUUUUGGUUUGUAGUAAAUAACGGCUCUGAAGAGAUUGGAGCACAAAAUUAAAGUUUUCUUUUUUUCUUUACCUAUUUUUUUACUGUUUGCGGGUGGUUUCAUGAUUGGAACUGUUUGGCAUAGCUGGGUUAUCUAUCCAUUAUAAAUUGAAUGUUUUCUGCCCAAAUCAAGCAAAAGCAGUGACGUUUUCCCAUAUCAACCAAAGCGUUUUUUUUUAUCUUAAGUGCAAUUUGUUGCGUUGUAUGUUGCAGUACUCAGUAAAUUUGAAGUAUGUUUCCCAUCAUACAGAAGAUUGCCAUUGCAGGAGUGCACAUUAUUCUUCUGCGCAGCUUUCAUUGCGGAUUCUGCUUCUAAAUUGCCGGAGCGAUCUACCGUGGUCUGUGCUGCAGCCUAUCCAGAACUAUACAUUAGUAAACAGAAUGUCUUAUUGCCUCCUAGGCUCUUAUCUCCAAUAUGGCAACCGGCGCAUCACAUUACCUUGUAUGGCUUAGAAGACACCACAGCAUAUUGUUUCCUAAUGUGCAUUUCUGAGGAGCAAUAGACAGAGAGGCUCCUGACCUUUAGUCAUUUUUUUUUUGUGUGUAAUUGGAGAUACGUGAAACAGCCUCAAAACAAAAAAAUUAUAUAUAGUCGGGAAUAAGAUGAGAAAAAGAUUACCUAAUCCGAUCUGCUGCAGCCCCAUUCUGAAAAGAGGCGAAUCUGAGCUGUGGGGGAUCAGAGCAAAGUAUGAGAGAUUUUAUACAUA